UAUGUGGUCCCAACUUAAUAUCUUCAGUUCAUUUCAAGUUAUAUCCGUUGUUUUCUAUUGGAAAUUCACUCAUCUUUUGCAUUCAUCUCCCCUUCUUAAGAAGUUGCCAAAAAGAGUCCUUCCUCUGAUCCAUAUACUAUACUUAUCGAAUUAUUAGUGCGUCUGGCUCUAGCUAAGCUAUUCAUUUCGAUUGGAUUAUUAUUAAUAGACGAGCUAGACCAGGCAUACACUCAGUGGAACCCGAGCGUAGGAAGUGGGUCUUCCAUACCACCAGCUCCUGGGCCUGGUCCGUCUGACCAUAGUGUGCUAAUUGCAGGUCUGCAGCCAGAUCCUAAUCCAGCGGCGGCAAUGACGAAGCCUGUCUAUUAGCGAAUCAGAGGUGCUUUGUGACAGUAGCCCAAGGGAAGAAUCCGGUUGCAAUGUCGGGUGUAUUCUAUGUUUUCUAUUUAAUAGCGAAUUAUUCUGUCGGGUGUCCUUGACAGGAAAGGCAAAUUUCUAUGAACAAAAGGGCCUUGAGACCUUGACCUUUGACGAGCGCAACGAAGGAUCUGAUCCAGACAUAUGGAUCUCUAUUUCUCGACAAAAAAGAAAAGUACAAGCUCACCUUUCGCGUUUUUCAUAGCGCAGCAUUUCGUUAAUUACCCUGCGAUAGGGAAGACUGGAGCGCGUCCCCUUAUUUAUUAUAUGCCUCAGAUAGGCCUUGUACGAGUUCUCGCCAAGGACUUUCCCGUCCGGAUAAAACAUGUGGCGUCUGAUAACGCCCAUUCUCUGAAAGACGUGACUAAAUCAACACCAGGUACUGACGAGCUAGCCCUUACCGAAGAACCCUUCCCUUUAGCUUCCUCAUGGAAUGAAGAAUCUCCUGGAUAAGGUAAUAACUAGAUUCUCACUAAUCUCUAGGACAAAGCUAGACUAAUCAAUAGACCCAUUAGCCCUUGAAAGAAACCAAACCGAUUAACUAGAAUCAACAUCAGAAUUGAGAUUCACCCUCCAACACUGAUUGAAGGCCUAGAAAGGGAAUGAGACUGAGAGAUAGGAGGAGGCCCAUGCAAAAUAAGUAGAUCGGGAAAAGGGAGUCAACGGGGGCAGUUAGCCCGGUCGAUAGAUGCGGUGCUGAGGUCGCACUUCUCUUUAUGAGUCUGUCCAUUCGAGCAGUCUCUCGGAAAGAGAGCAGUGGAUGAACUAUCCCAUUGCCCUAAGAGCAAAGAUAGACGGUGAACCAAGCGAAUCAAAAAGCACUUCUUUAGUUAGGUCUCGAAAGGAAGAGCUUAGGGCUUUCCUUUGCACGAAUAGGGAUUGAGGGAGAAGCUGUUCGAAACUGUCCGUCUAUUUGCGUUGUGGUACUUUCAGAAUAGAAUAUGCUGCUAUACUUUGCCUGGCAUCUUACUAUAAGAAAGAUUCCUAGUUUCAUAGGCUGUUUGCGAGAUAAAAGCGGUUUAAGGCUGUUAGCUGCUUAUCCGUUGUUAUCGGGCUUACCCCGGGAGAUCUUGGUCCAAGCAGUAAAACGGGCAAUGUCUUUAGCUUCAUAAAGCUAGAGAAGAGGAUAAAGAAAGUUCCAGGAAAUAGUAAAGUAAAGCUAUCAGCAAGCAUGAAACUCCUUCAAUCGCCGAUAUCACAAGCUAAGGGGCCGAUUGACCGGCAGCUUCAUAUCCGAAAGAAAGAACCCCAAAUUUGAGACAUCAUGUGCCACCACGUACGACAAGAAUCGAAUCUAGACAGUUCUUCUCGUUGAGAUAGACCCUACUGGGAAUCCCUUCUCUCGGACUUAAAACCGAAGCUAAUAGAAGAAGAAUUUCUCUUACUUUUGGCUCAGACUCAUUUCCUUAGAAGCGUCUGUCUCAUAUCAAAUGUCUUAGAGAAUCCGCUGCUCUAGAGUAGACACGCACAAAAGCCUUGCCAACGGGGUUCAUUACUUGACUGAAAGCAGGAAUGAGAGCAGACGAGAAUAGAAACUAACUCUCUCUCUCCGCGGGAAAGAGCCGGUGCUCUAGCCAGAAUGUUUGCAAGUGAAGCAGAAGGGUUUUUUAGAAUGUCACCGGGCGUGCUAUUCUAGGUUUUUUCUUUCCUCUGAUGGCAAAUUAACUGUAGCAGUCGUAAGGUGCGGUGCAAACCCUUUCUGACUUUCUCAAACCUGCUUUUUUUAGCCCACGAAUGGGAUUUAUCUUUUAUAGGUGAAUCAGGUUUUCUGUGUAAUCUUAGGAGAUUCGUUUCCCCUUUAUUUAAAAAACUACUAAUAAUUAGAUAGGGAUCGAACUAGCUUUGCGCCACCCUAUCCCGGUGCAAAAAAGUAUUCCCUAGCAGUACCUACUGUUGUGUCUUCGGCAUCGAAAGCAGCAGCAGUCACCUCAAAUGGGUUGGGUUCGCUCGAAGUCGUCGCGAGCCCUACGUUUGAAGCUUCAACACAGUCCUUAGUAUUAGUAGCUCGUUGCUACAACUUCUCUUUGGCUCGCCCCUAUCUCUAAAGGGGCUUACUCACUUCACUCGCUCUUGUUCAGUAGCGGUUUCUUCAUUUGACAAGGAGCUAAAAAGAUUCGGCGUCCAAUCACAAGCCUUUAGCCUUUUGAAAGACAAAGUCUUCCGGCGACAUGAUUAAGACGACCACUCGGAGACAUGGUAUUGUAAUGUCUUCAAUAGCAUGCUCUUACUUCGUAGGGUUGUGAGGGUACGGCGGAGGUUGGUUGAAGAUGAUGUUACGCAGCGUUCAGAACCAGCCUUGAAGUGAUGAAUGAAUUAGAAGGAAGGAAGAAGUAAGAAAAUGAGACGACUCUUUUUUGAACUAUAUCAUAAACAGCUCUUCUUCUCUACACCAAUCACGAGUUUUUCUCUAUUCCUCUCGUAUAUUGUCGUAACGCCCUUAAUGCUAGGUUUUGAAAAAGACUUUUCAUGUCAUUUCCAUUUAGGUCCGAUUCGGAUCCCUCUGUUGUUUCCUUUUCCUCCCGCACCUUUUCUUCGAAAUGAGAAAGAAGAUGGUACACUCGAAUUGUAUUAUUUAAGUGCUUAUUGCUUGCCAAAGAUCCUACUUCUACAAUUGGUAGGUCACUGGGUUAUUCAAAUAAGUCGUGUUUUCUGUAGUUUUCCCAUAUUAAAACUUCUGUAUCAAUUCGGUCAAUCCGGGAUGGAUCGGUUAAACAUUCUAUUAGGGAGCCUGGUCUUGACUCUUCUGUGUGGUAUUCAUUCUUGUUUGGCUCUUGGAAUCACAUCCAGCAGUGGUUGGAACAGCUCGCAAAAUUUAACCACUUCACCUACUUCAUUGCCCUCAACCGUUUCUCGUACCUCUAUUGAAACAGAAUGGUUUCAUGUUCUUUCAUCGAUUGGUUAUUUUUCUGCGUUCGUAUCUCUUUUUCCAAUUUCGGUCUCGAUUAGUUCACAAGAUUGAAUGGCCAAUUCUCCUCCGGACCCUCUAUUCGAUUGUUUUCCAAGAAUCUUGGUUGAGCCGGGUAUGUAAGCCAUGUAUCUGGAAAGAACUUCAAAGUCAAAGAGGGGCUUUCGGUUCUUUUCACCCUCUUUUGGUCUUGCAGCUAUUAAGCUAUUAAAGAAUUUAUAUUAUAUAAUAUUUUAUUAUAAAUCGACAUAUUCUGGCCCAACCCAACUGCUUUCCUUUCUUUCAAAGUGGCAUUGCCAAAAGUAGAAUCAAAGGCUUUUUUACAGGGGAGCUCUUAUUAGCCCAGGAACUUUUUCUAGUUAGUAGCGAUGAUAUAGAAUCCAAAAGCAAUAACGAAGAUGGAGGAGCAUUCAUUCCUCUUUUUAACCAGUUUUCCCCAACCAAGAUAUUCUGCCUAUCCCGAAAAAGGGGACUCUCUCCAAAAAGUAGCAUCAUAGCAAGAGUGGUUUUUACUAAGCAUAUGACGAAGGAUCGGCCGAAGCUAGAGCUAAGUGGCUGGUGGCUGGGUCAGGGUAAGUAUGGAAAGCAUAGGUCGACUUAAUCCAAUUGAUUGGAUUGGUGAAUUUCCUUACUAAUCCGAAAAGGUCAGCCUAUAGACAUUUGAGGGAAAUUCCCACUGAGAUGAUUAAUAUAAUAAUCCGCUUCCUUAGUUUUCUUAUUUAGUUAGAUAGUUAAAAUCUAAUCAAUGGAUGAACCAGAUGUAUAUGGGAUCGUUCCAAAGACAUUCCUUCAAAAGAGGCGGAACUAUACGUUGUCAUGAUUCCAUUAUUAAGAAAAAUCUUUCUUUCCGUAAGCUUCGCUUAAGCGACUUCAUACCCGGGCGCAUUAUGCGACAAAAACUCGUUAAGUAAGAAGACGUGCCUCCGGUCGUACUCUUGAGAGUGCCCUCGGGCAAAGAGCAAUCCAUCCUUGUAUCCAUACAAAGACUCCCUCUUUAGUGAAAGUAAUUUGUUCUUCUUGGCGAAGAGAAUCAGUAAGACAAUCGGGAUAGCAGAAUGGAAUGCCGGGGUAGCGUAAAGACUUAAUAAUAGAGAGUCACACUGUGAACUGAAAGCCUUACUCCCUACGUAUACUAGGUAGUUAGAAUGAGCUCCAUUCGCACUUGGCCUUCCCCUGAAGAUUCAACAUGUCUAGGUGGAGAGCUCGGGUGGUAUGAGGCUUGGAACUUCACUUCAAGCUGACUCAGAGAAAGCAGAUGGUAAAAAAUAAGGAUAAUUCGGAGGAGAGUCCGGAUGAUAAGAAGGCGACUUCCCCGCCUGCUUGUGAAGUGGGCGGGCUGCCAUGGGGGCUCCUGAGACUGCUUGGCUAUGCUUUUUCUCCCUCUUGGUUGAGCUCUAUAAAAGACAUCUUGCGCUUUUUGGAUUCGAACCUCCGGGCGACUUACCUUCCUUAGUCCAUCGAUCGUGAGAUAUUAACCUUCUCACUAUAAUAUCAGAAUAUUCCAUAUAAAUGGUUUACGUAAACACCGUAAUGAUAAAUGGACUCAGAAAGUGCUAUUGUUAAUAUACCAACACCCACGUAUACAAAAAUGGCCUUUACCGCGGGAUUUUUUUUUGUAGUGGGUCAAAGGGAGGCAUUUCCCUAGUGGCGUUAUUGAGCGGCUCACUUCCUUAUUAUUCUAAUAAGAUACUAAAUAACCUUAGUCUUGCAACUAA